UCAUCCUGCCACAGGAUAACAACUCACGCCUCAUUUUUAUAAAUUUAUUUAUUUUAUUUAUUUAUUUUUGGCUGCACUGGGUCUUUGUUGCUGUGCACGGGCUUUCUCUAGUUGCGGCGAGCAGGGGCUACUCUUCAUUGUGGUGUGCGGGCUUCUCAUUGCGGUGGCUUCUCUUGUUGCAGAGCACGGGCUCUAGGCGUGCAGGCUCAGUAGUUGUGGCUCGUGGGCUCUAGAGCGCAGGCUCAAUAGUUGUGGCGCACGGGCUUAGUUGCUCCACGGCAUGUGGGAUCUUCCCAGACCAGGGCUCAAACCCGUGUCCCCUGCAUUGGCAGGCGGAUUCUUAACCACUGAGCCACCAAGGAAGCCCACGCCUUAUUUUUAGACUGUGUCUGUGAUAUUGGAGAGGAGCUGGAUCUAGAAGUCAACCUGUCUGUGUCCUCACUUCUGCCCUUCUUGGAGUGAUUGAGUGACUUGGAGUGAUUGGCUGACUGAGCCAUUGAGCUCUGAACUAGGCCCCUAGUCUCUCCAGUGGAUGUGCCACUGGGCAGAUGUGAAUGGUGUGCCUGCCUGUGCUGGUUCCUUUUCGGGCACUGGGGUCAGCGGUUCUCAAGGAGGACAGACCUGUCAGCUGGCAGACUGAGGCCUGACUGCUGGGCCCUCUGUCCCACAGCAUAGCGUCAGUGUCCUGAGAUAGGACGGCAUCCUGAUGUGCUAUACCCAUCAGGAUGGAAGGCGCCCAUGGACACAACUGUCCUUGUGACCGAGCUUUCAGGCACGGCCGCAUCUACCAACCACGGCUGGUGGAGGAGGGGGCCCUGCCCUUUCCUUCCCCUCUUGGAAGCUUGAAUUUUACUGUCCAUGAUGCCAUCAUCGCUUAGAACAUUUGAAAUUUCCUGCAGAGGACUUUCUUUUGGAGUCCUCAGGGACCAAAGAACUUUUCCAUUAUGGGCGGGUUUGACUUUUGGAAACAGUCCAAGGUCACUGGGGCAUGAGCUGAGUGAUCAAGACCAGGUAUGACUCAUCUAAGUCAUGAGGUUUCCUCAAGUGGCAUUGGAGUCCCUUCCAAAGAAGGAGUUUCGGAAGGGCUCUGGGCAGUGGUGGGAGUGUCCCAGUUAGCAGGACAGUCAGUGGCACUUGGAGGCAGCAGUGCCCUGGUGGGAGUUGUGGUCGCUGGGCUGGGUCUGUGGGUGGCUUCCCAGCCUGUCCACACUCAGAGCCCUUGCUCCGACUCAGGCUUGUUCAGGCUUUGAGCCCCCUUGUCCACAAGGAGGGCACCUCCGGAUGGGAGUUUUUAUACCAGCCCUGUCUCUGGAAGGAAGGAAACUUGACGUCUGGACUCUCCAGCUCUGGGCUCCAUCCAGAGCUGCUGCCAGGAACUUGGGCAGCCUUUGCUGCCUAGUGUGGUUCAGGGACAGCUGGGGCUCACGCCAGCCUCAGGGCUGUGCUGCCCACGCCCGACUCUCUGUGACUGAAGAAAGGGCCUUAUGUGCUCAUCAGCUUUGUGGGCUUCCUUUGGGCUGGUUUCCCGUCUCCUUUUUCUGAAGAUCUUUGUGUUCAUUAUUGACUUGUCAAAGGUAGAAUUGAUGCAAUGGUAAUAGUGAUUUUUAUUUUCAAGAAAGAAGUAUAAGAUGACGGGAGCUGAGUUUGUAAGCUGUAGACUGUGGACUUAAGGUGUUUCACUGUUGGUUAGCAGUCACAGGAUUAGAAGCCACUGGAGGAGAAACAGUGAUUUAUUGAUUUAUUCAUUUAACAAAUAGACUUUGCCAGACACCAUCCCGGGCCCUGGGGUUAGGGCUGAGCAGGGGCCCCACCUGCCCUGAGAGUGAGCUGGCCCUUGUGGGGGCACAGUGGACACCCGAACAUUACAGGCUCUGGCUGUAGCAUCCUAGGGACGUCACCUGCAUAACACAGGGAGGCAGGGUGGAUGGGGCUGAUCUUUAAUAGGCAGGUCAGGAAGGGCACCCUGAGAAGAGGACUUGUGAGCCCGCCUUCAGUUGGCGUCAGAGUUCAAGUUCAAGGGGGCUGAGAUAGCAGCGGUGUAGGCCUCCCAGGCCCUCGUGAGGAUGGCCUUUGCUCCAAGUGAGGUGAGAAACUCUUGGGGGCUUGUGAGCCAAGUUGAGUUUUUAAAAGAUCCUCUGUUGUUGGGUUGAGGACAGCCUGUGAGACUGGGGAGGCAGGGAGACAGGAGGACGCUGCCGCAGCCCCAGGUGAGGGGGCGGGGCUUGAGCCACUGGCAGGUUCUGGAUACACCUAGACGGCAGAGCCAGUGCACACGCUGAUAGAUGAGAUGGGGUGAGAGGCAGGCGCUGAGGACACAUCUGGUUUGGGGCCGAGUGCCUGGCGGGAUGACUUGCCCUGUUUGGAGAUGGGGGAACCACACAGGGAGGAUGGGGAGGGCGCUUGGUCGGGCUGCAUAGGAAGUGGUUUCUGCACUCCCAGGUGGACAAACUGGGAGGUCAGGAUGGAGCAGGUUGGCCACAGAGUACAGAGCUAGGAACCUGGGGCACCCGCAAAGGGUGACUGUAGGCAGAGGAGCCAUCCAGGCUGAGCCGGGGACAUCGGCACAGGGCAGGGGCAUGGGUGGGGGACUAGCAGGAGAGGGGCCCCCAGGAGCAAGAGAAGAGGGUGGUCGGGAGACGGGCCUGAGCCGCGUGUCUCUGGGGUGAAGUGGGGAUGGGGAGUGGACUUGGACGCAGCAGCGCGUGCAGGGGUGGUGGCUUUCUUGUUUCCUCACCAAGGACACUAAAUGCUUGCCCGCUGGUCUGGGCCAGGCUCUGCCUGUACGAGGGCUUCCUGCCCCCUGGCAGCCACAGACUGCAGAACUUGGAGCAGAAACCAAGUGCUUCAGUAUUUUGUAGCGUUAGGAGUGAAUCUCAAUGAUUUUCAUAUUCUGAUCCCAACAAGGGUUACUCGUGUGACCCCUUAUACUUCGUCUUGCUUCUCAAGGGAUAAAAAAAGUAUGUUUUCAGUUGUACUUCUGCAUGGUGUCUCUGAGGCCCCCCACCUUCCGAGGAGGGGAGGGAGGCUGCUGUGGAGUUUAUUGCAGGGCGGAGGCAGACGAGCCCAUUCUUGCCGGCGUGCUCAGGCUGGGUUCAGCCUUCCCCGACUCUUUCCUUCAGGAGGCUGAGUCUGUCCAAGCCUCUUCAAAAGCAGGGGCCUCAUUACUUGGUCAGAAACCUGGAAUCCUGCUAGUGUGCUGGGCUCUCCAUGCGCUGUGCUUUCCAGGAUGUGCAUUUCAGUUUGACUCUGUCCCUCAGUGUGUGAUUUCUGCAUCUGUAUCCAGACCUCCCGUCCAUAGGGCACAUCAGCCACGAGCGUCUGCUCUUCUGUCACCACUGUAAACAAGACGAUAAAGGACUAAGGACAGUGAGAACCCACAGCAGUGACGGGAGCAGGAGAAGGGCCUCAGCACACGGAUGAGAGCUGCUCCAGGAGUUUGAAUCUGAAAUGCAAAAGCGGGAGCACGCGUUCCGCCUGCAGGCUGACAGCAUGAGCAAUGUGGUCCUAGCACACGAGCUCAAGAUUAAACUGCUGAACAAAGAGCUCGUGGCCCUGAGAGAGGCCGGGGUGAAGGCUGCGGAGUCCCUGCAGAGCGCCGAGGCGGUGAAUGCAGAACUGGAGGAUAGGCUGCAGCACAGAGACUGGGAACUCAGGGACCUGGCUGCCGUGAAGGACGCCCGGAUAAAAGACUUAGAGGGUAAACUUCACUCUGUGCAGCUCACCAAGAAAAAAGAAGAGGAGACGUUUAGGAGGAAGCAUGAGGAGCUGGACCGUCUGGCCAGGGAGAGGGACACGGUGCUGAUGGCAGCGAAGAGCGCCCAUGCGGAGCAGCUGCAGGCGGUAGAGGCCAGGGCCCUGGAGCUGCAGGUGAACUGCGAGAACCUCGAGGUGCAGCUCCGCAGGGCUGAGUGGAGGCAGGCGGACACCACCAAGGAGAAGGACGCCGCCAUUGACAAACUUCGGGAAGAUGCAUCAGCUCUAAAAUCCGGCUGGGAUGCCCAGAUUGCUCAACUUUCCAAGGAGAUGAUCUCCAAAGACCUCCAGGUUCAGGCGCUGCAGGAAGAAGAGGUGAAACUGAAGGCACAGCUGGCCAGAUGCCAGCAGGACAUUGGAAGGUACAAACAGCAGCUGUCUCUGGCAGUAGAGAGGGAGCAGAGCCUGGAGCGUGACAAGGUGCAGUUGGAGCUGGACUGGCAGCGCCGCUGCGAGGGUGUCGAGCGGGAGCAGUACCGGCGGGCUGAGGACUUGAUUCAGGGCCUAACCGCGGCCAGAGACCAGGUUGCUGCCAAGUUGCAGGAGACAGAGCGGGUGCUGUGUGGCCAGGAGGUGGUGCUGAAGGCCGUGACCCGAGAGAGAGACCAGGCUGUGCAGGCGCUGCGGACACGCGGACUCCACCCUGAGGAGGAGGCGCAGAUGCUUGUAAGGCAUCAAGAAGAAGAAAUAAGUAAAAGUUUUCCAUCUACUGUGAUCCAGCAGCUACAAGAGCAGAACACAAGCUUGCGAAACGUUAUUGCACAGAUGAGGAAAGAAAUGGAAACUCUAAGUGAUCAGAUUCUUCCUUCUGCCCAGUUAGGAGGGGAGACCUCACAAACAAACCAGCCUGACCCAAAGGCAGCCGCUGAUUCAACUGUACCUGAUUAUGUUCUGGCCCUUGAAGCAGAAAUGCGAACUCUAAAGCAUAAAUUAAAAACAUUGGAGGAACAACUAGAAGAUGUGUUAGAUGCUUCGAAGACAACCUCGUCCUGUGCUGGCGUUCAACCCAGUGUCCUGGCCUCCACAGACACCACCGGAGGAGCUGUGCCGGUUGAUGGUCCAUCCACGGGACUGGCGCUCCAGAGGCUUGGAGACAGGGCACAUCUCCUGAGCUCCCUGGUGGCACAACUCAGACAGAAGAUCUGUUCCAGACCCCUUCCCAGAGCUGGCCGCCUUCCUAACAUUGUCUCUGAAACGGCCUCCCAGGUGCUGCGGGAACCCCUGGACAUGGACACCAUCCAGCGAGAGCUUCCCCACGAGCUGGACCAGGUGCACCUGGAGGUUUUGCAGCUGCGGAAGCAGGUGGCUGAGAUUGAGAAGCAUCUCAGGUCAGCCCAGAAGGAAGGCGGGGGUGCUUCAGGCAGGCAGCAACCGCUCGCCUCAGACACCGAGGCUGUCGGGGGAGAGGGCCCGGCACGUGGAGGACCCGCAGGGACCGAGGACCAGGAGGCACAGCCCCCUCAGGCCCUGUCUGUGCCCCGACUCCAGAGGAAGCUCAAGGAGGCAGCCAGGAAAAUCCUGCGGCUGCACCUGGAGAAGGAGCAGCUCCUGGAGCUGGGGAACCGGCUGCGUGCAGAGCUGGGCCACCUCACUGGGAAGCUGCCUCAUCACCCCCUUCCUACCCCUGAGGCCCAGGGUUCAGGUGAGGCACCUGAUGCACGCUUGGGACCGUUGCAACCCCGUCUCACAACUCAGGACUCUAAGAAUGCCAAGAAAGAAUGUUUCUCUGAACGCUCAGGAGAGAGCCAAGCCCGCUUGGCACAGACAGUCUGCAGAAGGGAUGCUGAGCCAGGCUGCACAGCGGGGCCAGGGCUGAGGCAACACAGAAUCUCCACAGUGACUUGCAGAUCAGCUCCUCAGAAAGAAAACCAGUCCCCAAAGCCACGCCUGGCUCAAGAAUUCCAGGAGGAAAAUGGCCACCACACCCAAAGGUCCUCAUCACUUGCCAGCAGUUCCCUCCAGGACACAUGGAAGUUACUGGACCUGGGAUCCAGCCCUUCUGGCCUCACCUCCCAGGACGACUCGCCUCCAGAGCACCCAGCACCUCCAGCAGCCUACAGCCUCCAACACCCCGAGGGGAGCUCCCUGGCGCCUUGGGCGGCCUUUGCUGUCGAAGGGAUGAAGAUGGAAGCCCAAGCAAGGGGCAAGCCUGCCAGACACCCCAGGGCUCAUCCUGCAAAACCUAAAGGCUGCCAGCGGCCCCCCAAGAUUCGUAACUACAACUCCAAGGACUGACCUCCUCGAACCGCCCCUCCCCACCCCUCCUCCUCCCUCCCCCGCCCCUCCCCCUUCUUCUCAUCCCUUCCUCCCUCCCCCCUCCCCAUCCCUCUCUCCCCACCCCUCCCCCUUCUUCUCAUCCCCCUCCUUCCUCCUCCUUCCCCUUCCCCCUUCCCCUUUUCCCCCUCCUCCUCCCUUCCAAUCCAUCUUGGUCUCUUCCCCCUCCUCCUCCUUGGUGGCUUUAUCUCCAUAUCAGGGGGGUGUGUGUGUGUGUGUGUGUGUGUGUGUGUGUGUGUGCGCGCGCGCGCGCGCGCGCGCGCGCGCGCGCACAUGGGUGGGCACAGUGAACUGAAGAGCAGCCUCCCCAGUGCUGCUAAGGCGCCUCGUGGACCGAUUGCAGAGCCCCGAAUUGUUCUUUUAACUUGGGAAGGACAGUAAAAGAGUUCCUGGGCUUUGCAUGUGUGGCUCUCGUGGCCAGGUUUCUUGUGAUUCGAAGGUUCGACCAUGAGUGCUUUUGGCAUCAUUACACAUUGCUACUCCUGGGGCCUGGUCCGGACUCACGGGGCCUGGAACAAGACAGGCAGCCAGUGUGCUUGUGGCCAGUUGGCGGCCCUCCCGAGGGGGCACAUUUCUGUGGAAGAGGAGAGCAUUGCCUCACUCACAGCUGUCCCCCCGCCAAGAAGGAGCAGAGGACAGCCCUUCGAGGCGUGUGGCCUGCCGGUCUGCACCCUGGCUGGGUGCAGAGGUGGGCAGCCCCUCCACACGAGGAUCUCCAGCGAUGCUUGGGUGCCCGGCCUGGCCUACCUGGGGGCAGAGCCCCCACGGGUCCCUUUGAAAGUGUACCUUUCAUGAAUGUCAUCUUGUUUAUCAGGUUUUCACGCUUUGAUCUCUGUGGAAUGAAGGAAGAUCAAAAUUUACAUAGGCAUAUUGAUGUCCUAACCACAGAUGCACUGCUCAUCCUGGGCGCAGUGCUUGGGGAGCUGCGGAGGCAAUGGCAGGUCACUUCUGAUGUGCCAGGAAGGAGCACGCUGGGAACAGCUUUGCUGCCAGGUGGCGGGGGUCUCUAUGCUCUGCUGUGUCUGGCAUGUGGCCCUUUAAGUGAGGUGUUGCCAUAUGACUUCCUUUAGAUGAAAAAGUGAGGAGAGAUGCCCUGUCGCUUUCCCUAGAAGCACUUCAAAGCCCAUGAGUCUCCAGACCUCUGUGGUACAAACCAGGGACUCAAUCCCAGCCACCCAGCCUGUAAUCGUCCCAUCACCUGGGCUCCUGGCAGGCUGUAGUAAGCAGAGCCCUACUGACCAGCAGGAAGUGAGCCUAGGAUAGCUUAAGACACCAAGAGUUGGGGACUUCCCUGGUGGUCUAGUGGGUAAGACUCCAUGCUCCCAAUGCUGGGGGCCUGGGUUCGAUCCCUGGUGGGGGGACUAGAUCCUGCAUGCCAAUCCCGCACGCCACAACAAAGAUCCCAAGGGCCACAACUGAGACCCGGCGCAGCCUAAAUAAAUAAAUAUUUUAAAAUAAAUAAUAAGACGUGGUCUUUAAAAAAAAAAGACACCAAGAUUUGAGGGUGUUUGUGCAGCACGGUCCAGCCACUCCUGGUCCAGGUUACCAGGUGUCUGAAAAGGUCUUAAGUAGGAAGGAAAAGAAAAUCCCACAGAAAGGUUGUUCGGGACAGCAAUUCAGCUGUGGGAUCUCGGGGCCCUCUCUCCCCUUUUCCUGUCCUGCCCUUUAUUCCACAGUGUGCGAACCAGAAGCCCCCAAUGAUGAAGCCAAGGGGAAGAAUAGAGCAGGGAGUAUGGAGCUGCCCUGGGACUACCUGGGGGCCUAGGGAGCACUGUGUGUGUGGGGGGGGUGGCGUGUGGCCACGUGAAGCCAUGUUGUCUGGUUUGACGUGCCUGUCCGUUCUGUGUUGUCCCUGAACAUCCGCGGACAGUGCCACACUCCACUGACAGCCCCUGAGCUUCGGAGGGCAAGGCAAGAGGGGUUGCCAAGGAGCCAGGCGAGGAGCGCAGCAGCGUUUGAUUUCAAGACAAUGAGGCUGCGGGGCACCAGCCCCAGGGAACUGCCAAGGCUCCUCUGGCCUCACAAGGGUCUGUCUGUGGCCCCAGAAGAUAGCCAGGGCGGUGCAGGGCGUGGCCACCAGGCCGGGAGGGCCGUCUUCCUGGACUCUCACUUGACCCCAAGACGGAAUGUCUGUUUCUUUUUGGUCUGGAAGUUAAGGGUUUUUUGUAAAUUCGGUAAACAUUAGAGCAGGGGAAUUACAAAGGAGGGCGCGCCGGUGAGCGGAGACGCAG